GUACGUGAUUAGCUCCCAGAGGCCGCUGUCACCCACGAGCCCAAUCCGAGCCAAGCGGCGCGGCCUCGGGCGGAGUUUGAGGAGACGCGCGGUUAGUUUUAGUUUGUGUUGGUUGGACCGAGCGGAGGAGGAGGAGGAAGAAGAAGACGAAGAGGAGGAGGAAGAGGAGGAGGCGACGGCUGUCAUUUUUUUUUUCAUUUGCACCAACGGGCACGUUUCUCGGGAGCAAACCCAGGCGGGUGUAACUACCCCCCCUCCCAUAGGGUCCAUCAUCAGGGCGUCUUAUCGGCCGGUUGGUCCCGGCUGUGGUUGAACUUCGGCGGUGAGAGAGAGAGAGAGAGAGAGCGAACGCAGCUGUUUUGGAGGGGAAAAUUGAUUAAACCCGUCUUGGUCUCAUUUUUGGUGCCUCUUUAAAAGCCCAACUUAAACGCCCGCGCUGGCGUGUCUCCCCACUGCAGAUAAUCGAUGGCAAAACUGAUUUUUUUAUUAGCAAGCUCCGUGUUUGGACGAGUUUCUGUCGCUUAUACUCUAGACACCGAGGAGGAGGAGAAAACAUGUCAGUGAGUCAACAGCUGGAGUGGAAAACACACGACGAAUCUCGGUCAGCGUCCGGUCUCUCUUCAUAGCUGACGUAUGGGCUUUAUUCAUUCAUCCAUUCAUUCAGCAAUUCAACAGGAAACCGAACCAAAAAAGCAUUAAUCCACUGUACCGCCUCAUAUCUUGGCGCUGCUGUAAGAGAGACAGAGGAGACUCUUCACCCGUAAGGAAAUCCAGCGAUGGAGUCCCCCCAUGCAGACCUCGGCUGUUAAUGGUUAACAGAUUAAUAAGGGAGCUGUUUUGGAAGAGCAGCGGCAGAAGUUGAGAAGAGAGGAGGGAAGGAAGGAAGGAAGAGAGGAGAGGAGAAAGGAGAGACGGGGGGGGGGAGAAACGGAGCAAAGAAGAACAGGAGGGAGAAGAAAAGAUCUCGGUUUACUGGUGGAUAACGCGGCUCUAACGCUGCUCACCCCGCUUUAACCCUGGGACAAAUACACGGAAUUAACUGAAGGAGGGAAGGAGAGGAAGCAGAAUGUGGCAUCGCCGUUACCCCUCCGCUCUGACUGACUGAGGGCAGUGUCGGGUAGUCGGGGACAACCGGUGGUCGUUAAACCCCCGGUGAGUGCGCGCGCGCGUGUGUAUUGGGGUGGUGGUGGUGGUGGUGAAAACCGGUUUUUGAUGCGCGAGAAAGUGACGUGCCGCCCUCCCACCUUCCCGCCCUUUGCCACGAGCCUCUUGUCAACUCAACGGACAAGGCAGCCAACUACUUCAUUUUUAGCUCCAUACCUCUAAAACCUCCACCUUUUUAACCUAUUUCUGUUUUUUUUAAAACCCAUUUUCUGUCUGUCUGUGCCUGUCUGUUGAACCCCUCACUUCGACUCUCCAAAUCUCGCGGGAUAUAAAGGAAAUAAAAGGCUGAAUCUAAAAGAGAGAGGAGGAAAAAAGAUUAAGACAAACAGGAGCCGCCUAUAUGAAGAUGCUGAUGUGUGACCGCGGCGUCCAGAUGCUCGUGACGACGGUGGGCGCGUUCGCCGCCUUCAGCCUCAUGACCAUCGCCGUCGGUACCGACUACUGGCUGUACUCGCGCGGGGUCUGCCGCGUGAAGAGCAGCGGCGACAACGACACGAGCCGCAAGAACGAGGAGGUGAUGACGCACUCCGGCCUCUGGCGAACCUGCUGUCUGGAAGGGACAUUCAGAGGAGUGUGUAAGAAGAUUGAUCACUUUCCAGAGGAUGCUGACUAUGAAGCAGAUGCUGCUGAAUACCUCCUCCGUGCUGUGCGUGCCUCCAGUAUCUUCCCCAUCAUGAGUGUGGGUCUGCUGUUCCUGGGGGGGCUCUGUGUGGCCGCCAGUGAGUUUUACCGGAGCCGACACAACGUCAUCCUCAGUGCUGGAAUCUUCUUCGUCUCUGCAGGCCUCAGUAACAUCAUUGGGAUUAUCGUCUACAUCUCAGCUAACUCGGGUGACCCGGGCCAGAGCGACAGCAAGAAGUCCUACUCCUACGGCUGGUCCUUCUAUUUUGGCGCCCUCUCCUUCAUCAUGGCAGAAAUGGUGGGCGUACUGGCCGUGCACAUGUUCAUCGAGAAGCACCGCAAGCUACGAGCCAAGUCCCGCACCGAGCUCAUCAAGAAGUCCGCCUUCAGCCGCAUCCCCUCCUAUCGCUACCGCUUCAGGCGCCGUUCCAGUGUGCGUUCGUCCGAGGCCCCCAGUCGUGAUGCAUCGCCCCUGGGAAAAGGCGGCUACACGGGGCCCGCCGCCUCCGAGAUGCCCAUGUACACGCUGAACCCACGCGAGGCAGGCAACGCCGGCACCAAAGCUGGCAUGGGCGGGCUGCUCAACUCAGAGAGGGAGUUCCUCCAGAGCAGCACUCUCACUAAAGACUACAGCAAGGACCCCAACCGCAGGACCACGCCUGUCUGAGAGGUGCUGGCUGCAGAUAUCGCUCUAAUCACAGCAUCAAAGAGGAUGAUGAUGAGUAAUACAGGGGGAGUGCGAGCAAAAGCAGGGGCCACACAGGGUUAUGGGGUGGGAAAGGGGUUUGAUAAACUUCGACUGUGAACUGUGAACUUUUAGCCUUUGAACUGUGAAUCCUGAGCCCUGUGAGAGAUCAGUGUGUGUAGCAGGGUCAGUUUUGAUGGAGAAGUUGUUCCCAAUUCCACUUUACCACAUAUCACUGUAGUUGUACCUGUAACUCCUUACAUAUGAAGGCACAUUCAAUUUAUGUUCAUGACUUUUAUGUUCAUAAAUUGACUUUCUGGCUUUUUCAAGGGGGAAACAGGAUUGAAAAUGUUUUAAGAGCAUAUCGUAAGUGGUUUGCCGUCUGGGGCAACUUCUCCUAAAAAUGAAAAUAAUGUGAACAAAAGGAGAAGAGGGAAGAGGUGAGAGACUCUGUGUGAUCUUUGACCUUCUGACCUCUGUCCUCCUGACCAUUUGGAUAGCAGCAGAGUUGGAUCAGUGCAGGGAACAGCCUUAGAGCUCUGAGCUGUCUCUCUGACUACGAUACUAUUUAAAAGUGAGGAAGUUAACACCUCAGGAGAGGCAUUGAUUCAUUUUCAGUUCAGCUGAAAUUCAAAAUAUUAAUUGAAGAUGCAGUUUGUCCAUUUUAUGGCAGCACAUUUGUGGCAUUCAUUCUUAUUUUCUAUACAUAAUGUAUAUAUACUCCUUUCAUAUUGAUUGAUUUUAUUUAAUCAUGGAGAAGCUCACUUCAUAACUGACUGAACUGAAACUGAAUUGAACUCAUUCCUGGUAACACUUACCCCCAUCUCUCUGAUCCCAGGUCAGUUGUUGAACCUGUGUAGUGAUUUUUUUUUUAUGAAGGGAAGAGAUUAUACUGACUGCAGAUCAGUUGUUACUGGGGAAAAGGUGUAACUCAACAAAACUAAUGAAUCUCUUUUAGAUGGUAACGUUAGACCAUUGGUGCUUCCUUUUACUCCUGUUUUCAGCCACACAAGUCUUCUCUCGAUUUAUUUUUUCACCUAAAGCUUAAAGAGAUGAUCAAAUAUUCGUCUGUCUGUCUGUCUGUCUGUCUGUCUGUCUGUCCACCUUCACUUAUCACCUCUCACCUUCCACAUUUUUCUGUGUAGCCCCAUUACUCACCUCACUGCCAUCCUCUGCACACCUCCACCUCCACACCUCUCUCACCCUCUCUUUCCUCUGAGGGACACUCUGCUAGGUUUAGGUCCUGUCUUCCGUUGGUGUCGCUCAUAGACUAGUUUAAGUUUUCUGGAGGUUGUUGGUUCGGGGUACUGUGGAGAGGAGACCGCUGAGCUGUGAAUAUGCUUUAAGGCAGAGCCAAAAAGACAUUAAACAAACAAGAGUUGGACUUUUUGUUUGCCCACUACCUCUUGGUGAAUAUCUAUCAGAUUAAUUUAAUAUAAAGUUGUCUUUACUUGCCAGAACAAUUGUCAGAAAUUUCAGCUGCAGAAAUAAACACUGAGAAAAUGCUCACUUCAGUCUAAAGUACACAUCUCUCCUCUCCAACAGAGGAUCUGUUGAAAACUAAAUUGGAUGUGGCACACAGUAUACAGAUAGAUAGAUGGAACUGCAUUAUUCAGAGGAUUUGUGCUUCAUUCAUUCAGCUGUCACUCACAGCCUCUCCUCCUUUUCAUCUCCCUUACAUGUGCGUGUACACAUACUGCACAAAUACACACACGUACACACACAUACAAACCUAAACACUUUCACAUGUCUCCCAGUUGUGACAUACACAGACAGUCACGGCCUUAUCAUAUUUCAAACACCUGUGCAGAUGUUACUGUAACAGAUUCUAGAGACACAUCAAUACAUUUACAUUCAUCUCUCUCUCUUGCUCUCUCUCAGACAUACACACAUAUGGAUGGGUUACAACUUAACAGAUCUUACAUCUGGAUUUUUUUUUUCAGUAGUAGAUCAGCUAGAUCAGACACAUGAAUUUGAGAUUCACAUUUUGGUGCAGGCUCUACUGCCAAUGAUCCAGUGAUCCGAGUCCUGUGAGAGAAGCAGUGCAGAAAGUUAAGAGCUGGUUUAUGAUUGGGCAACACAACAGAAGGCUUGAAUCCAUGUGGUUAUUUGAGGAAUAAAAUCAAGUGAGAGAUGAGAGGCACAAACGAGCCAGACUCAAUCUCAUUUCAAACUUCAAUAAACUUCCAGUUUUGCAGUAAUGUUCUAGAGGACUGAAAAGUGUUUGUUGAUGGCAUUGAGGGAGGUGUUGGGCUGCAACGUCUGUGAGAUUAUUCUGUUUCUAAAAAUAUACAAAUCAAACUGGCACGUUAACCUACAUGUUAAAUACUGUAUCUGUGCUGUUAUUGACUGGGAACUGAUCACUUUCCCUCUGACAUAUACUGAAACUGUUAUUUCAGUCAUUUAACUUCACAUCAUCACACUUUUUUGCAGUAUUAUUCAACUGAUACAAGAUCGUACUACAUACUGUAUAUGUAGCUAUUAUUUGCACACAGUCACUUCUCCACUGAUAAUGUAUCGCUACCUCUGUCCAAAGGAUUAAUAGUUAUAUCUCCAAAAAAGGCAUACUUUGCAACACUGAAACAAUAAAUAGUGCUGUCUAAUUCCAGGAGAUUGAAUUAAUCACAUCACUGGAUAACACCUGAUCAUAUACACAGUAACAUGUACACACACACACAAGAGGAGGGGUUGUGACUGAGUAACAAGAAGGCAGAAUAGCCAUAAAACAGUGAGAAAGAAAACAUGCUACAAGUAGAGCUGUGGAAUGAGUAGCUUGUAUAAAUCUUCACAGCAUUUUUCCCAAACUUUUUUCUGCUACUGUGAGUAACAAGUCAGCGUGAAACUCAAAGAGGAAGAAAAAAAAAGCAUUUUUGUUUUCUUCGUUACCUCCCUAAGCCACCAUUGCACUGUUUUGUAUAAAGUAAACAUGAAACAACACCAAGCUGAUACCGUCACACCACAACUCUGACAGUUAUUACCCUGAUAAUAAAAGAUGUUUUAAACCUCAGUCAUACUGUUUAAUUUAUGACGCUGCUGUUUUAUCUCCUGUCUUUACGCCAUAAAAUGGAGCUUAAAGGGACAAACGUGCAUCGCUAUGGACUUGCUCUUGCUGUCCUCCACCUGUAAAUAUUAAUUUUGCAAGCUAACUACAACAUCAGCAGUUGUCAUGGGCUGUGAAAGGGAAAAAAUGCUUUUCUCCAAGCAAGGGCUUUUAAUUUUUAAAGGACAGGAGCACACAAGGGCUUUUUAUGCUCAGCGUUGCAGAGACAUCAUUUUAAGGGUGUUAUGUGGGAGUGCAGGAAGGAAUGGCAAAGUACAUUUGCACAGGAACAAUGUUUUUAAACCAGCUGAAUAGCUAACUAAUGAUAUAACAUGCUUCACGCAAAAGAGAAGCAGGUGUAGAUAAAAAACAACGACUGUACUCUUCUGCUCAUUAGGCUAUGUUAGCUACAUGUUAGCCUUUAGCUGCUUUUUUGGCUCACUUUAGGUUAGAUGGGUAUCUUUCUGUAUAAUUAGAGAUAAAUAAUAUUGCCUUAAGCAGAGGUAGGAUAAAAAAAAUUUAAAUUAAGAAUUAUUUGAGUUAGCUUAAGGAUCAAAUAUAUAUUAGCAAAAUAUUGCUAAUCAUACUUGGUGCCAAAUAUUACUCAAAAUGUUUCCUGUGUAUCAUGGCCUCCAGGUUAGCUUUAGAUCAUAGGUUCGCUGCUCUAAAUACUCUUUUUGGCAUAGGAUUUCCAGCAGUGCACUGACUCAGCAGUAGUAGCUAUGUAGCUCAGCACAUUAAGGGCCCCCGCAGACCCUGAGGGUCUGUUAGGGGUCAAAGUUCAGAACUGCCAUCCAUAAGCCAUGUCAGCAUUGACCUUUCAAAUCAUGCAUGCCAUAUCCAUCCGCUUCCAGUGCUUACAUUCGCUGUAUCUCUAAUCGAGUCUCAAAUGGCACCCUAAUCUCUUUACUCCGUAGGGAUACUGGACCGCUACAUUUAAGACGCCUUACAAGGGUGUGAGGGCCCAUGAGCCUGUGCUGUGUUUAUUAACGAUGUUUACUCCAAUAGAGCACAGGGUGCUUUUUGAGACUAGACCUGUCUAUCUCUUCUUACCGCCAUACAGCUUUGAUACUCUGAUAUCAACAACAAAUAAUUGUAUUAUUAGUAAAAAUUAUUCUAUUCUAAAGGUGCCACUGUGCAGAGGAUGACAAACUCUGUCACAUAUUAUAGUUAUUAAUGUAUUAAAUGGGGGGUCUGAACGAAGGGAGCAGAGUUGGGAAGCAGGGGUCGUAGUCUUUGUAAUAUUAUAUUAUUCUAGUUUCAUUUUCUACUUUGAUGUGGUUUUUGAGAUUGUGUUGUUUUGAUCACAUCUGAAGCCUCUGACAGGAUGGACAGAGGAGAGGAGACAGUGGAGCCUGGACGAUCUCUCAUGGACGUUAAUCUCACCUCACUGGUGUCAGCGAGACACUCGACACUGCAAAGGCAAUGCACACACAUACAUGUAUUCAGAGUAAGGUUACUAUACUAUUGAGGACUUAUUGACCAUAUUCAUUGACACAUAACCUUAAAAUAAUGGAUUACAGGCAAAAUUCUGUCACCUGGUAAAGGUACUCUAUGCAGAAAAUAAUGCAGUCAAAUACAACAGUCUGUAAAAAAAAAUACUAUUAUGAAGCUUAAAAUAUCAGUUUUUGUUAACAAAGUUUACAGUGUAAGGCACUUAAGUACAACUCAACCACAGCCUCAAAAAUAUCUUAGGUUGGAACCAGGGCUGUCCAACAAUUUGAACAAAAACUGAACAUUUUACACUUCACAGAUGUAGUGUUUUUUACAGUACUAAGCAACUUUGAGAACAACCAAUAUGCACUGAUUUGUCCUCAAAUCAGACAAUACAGUACAACUGCAAAUGAGAAAUGUAGCCAAAAUAAUGCACCUUAAAUGGUUGUGAUGACAAUAGAAUUACAUUUCAUUGUGUUUUUUACUUUCCAACAGAACACAUUAAGGCCACAUUAAGGAACACCUGAACAAACCUUUGGUUAGGCUACAAAGAACAAACUUGCUUUGCCCAUUAAAGCCAAGGCAGCAAUUCAGUAAAGUAUCAACAAUUAAGUAACUACAAAUUUGUAUUAAAAUUUGUCAAUACAAAUUUGUAUUGACCUUAUUUUAGAGGAUUUUCUAGCAAGUACUAAGGGAAUAUCGGUCCUCAUAAGUAUAGAAACACAAGAACACAACACACAGGCUUACACACACUCAUUAAUGGUCACAAAAAGACAUUCAUGCGUGCACAGGCAUACACAGAAACACACACAAACACACACACACACAAACAAACUGCUUCAGCUUUUCCCAGUGCGAUGUGGAGAGAACUACGUCCUGUUAAAAGAAAAGCCACUGUGUCAUGUUUGGAAAAAAUCAUUGUGUUUCUUUGGGAGAAAAACAACAAACUGUUACUGUUGUCGAUGUGUCACUCCUCAAGGGAACUUCAAGUACACUGAGCCUGCUAAUCCAACACUGAGGACCAGGAGAACUGUUUGAGAAAUGUGAAUUCAGUGGAAUAGUUGUGAGACAAACACAUGCUAUAAGUACUCUACACUUUGCACUUGCUACCAACACACAAACACACAUACACAUCACAUACAAGGUUACCGAUGUGAGGAGGGCUUAUGGGUGGAGUCAUGUGCCUGCAUGUUUGUGUGUGUUGUAUUCACAUGUGUGUGGGUUUGUGUGUAUGUGUGUGUGCAGUUAUAGCCUCUCCUCACCCUUGCACCCAGUGCCUGCCUGUCCUGCCUUCAGACAGCACCCAGAUCAGCCAUGGGGCUUCCAGUAUAACCUCCUCUGCAUUCCCACGACCUUUAAUGGUCGCGCUGGGAUCAGUUUUAGAGCUAACUGCCCCAAUCAUUCCUCAGCAGACGCAGCCAUACAAGCUACAAGGACUGUUUUGGAUUCAGAGUGUUCCAGUGGAGUCAUUUUUUUCUCUUUGUUCUUGGACUGUUGGUCUGUUAUUUUGAUACACCUGCUGUUCAAGAUCUGACUUGUUUUCUGACCUUGUUGUGUCUGUCUGUGAGGCUGAUUUAGGAUUGGCAGAGGGGUCUUAGCUGGAUAGACAAUAAUCUAUCGAGUCCCUAAUGACAGCUGGUCUUGAAUCAGCACAACCUGCUGUAGCCUGCUGUUCCUCGUGUUCUCAAACCUGACAAAAUCAGCCAAAAAAAAAGGAAAACCUACUAGCUCGAUCUAUACGACUUGCUUGUAAAACUGUUGUGUUAUUCUGGAUUUGUUUGUAGGAGCUUUCACAUGACAGCAUUUCCUCUUUCAGAUGACGCAAGAGGUCAUCCCACUUGUACUGCCAAUUAGAAUGAAAACAUCUCUUGUCAAUAUAAAGAGAGAUUCUGGACAGGUAAAUUGUUGGUUUCCAAGCUCCCUGAAAAGAAUCUGUGAUAAAAAUAGCAGUCAUGAUUUCAAGAAUUAUUCUGGCCACGGUGCCUAUUAAGCCUGUUUUCCUCCUCCUUAACUAUCUCCUGUUGUCUGUUCCAACCUUUAGCCCUUUAGCUAGAGGGAUUUUCGUACCUGUCUUGCAUUUUACAUAUAUUAUUUUGACAGGGAGUACAGAGCGAUUAAAAUCUGCUUUUUACGGUUUCGCCUCAAGCCCCGCGUUCAGACAGUGUUGUUUACAUGCACAACAUAUCCGAGGCUGGCAUGGUUGACUGACCAAGGAUGAAAGGCCCAAAAUGGCAGGAUGUUUUACCAAGCUUGGAGAGUUUCACUCUGCAUCAGGUGUAUUAAGGUUCUCUCUUGUAUAAAUAGCUAAUGAGCGGUAGCAACAAAGGUUUCUUCUUCUUGAACAGGUGAAAUCAUGAGUUGGUCUUUCAGAAAAAAAAUAUCAUCAUGUUAUUAUUAAUAUUACCAAAAGAGAAUUUCAGAAUAAUUCCUACAUGAUAUACUUCUAUUGGAUUCUUUUAUGUGUUAAAAUAUCAUCUGAGAAAGCCAUGUUUCUGACAGACUAAAUUGCCCAUCACUUUCUACUGAGCCAUGAUGUUAUCAGUAGAGUCGGGCUGCUAGCACAGAGACCAGUAAAAGCAACACAGAGCAGUCACAUAGUGUGUAUUUACAGAGUGCACAGACUGUGGGGUUUUCAGGCACGAUCGCCCAUAGAUGGAAAUAUCAGUUGGUAAACCACUUCGGCCCAAACUGAAACACCAUCACCAGGUCAAAUUUUCUAUUUGUCCAGUAUUUUCGUUUAUGACCAAAUACUCGCAAAACUAAUUAAAUUCCUAUCAGCCUCAGCCAUGCUUUGCGUUUAGUGCUAAUUGGUAAAUGUUAGCAAGCUAACAUGCUAAACUAAGAUGGUGAACAUGGUAAAUAUUACAUCCCCUAAAUAUCAGCAUGUCAGCAUUGUCAUUGUGAGAAUGUUAGCAUGCUGAUGUUAGCUUUUAGCUCAAGGCACAGUUGAGCCACACAGGGCUGCUAGCAUGGUUGAAGACCCUUAGUCUUGUAAUUAGUCUUGUACAAUACAAAAUUAAGUGGUAAACAACAUUAACCUGACAUUGUCCAUUGCAAAGUGACAUGAGGACUGUUAGAAAACAAA